AUGCACACGUUCCCAAAAGUAGACCUCCACCGCCGGAGGAGCAUACAUCACCCCGUGGCAGCCGUCCACCUUCUCAGGCGUUUCGUAACCGAGUAAACUGAGAGCUGGGAACAGCCCUCUAUUAAGGAGCCCGCGGCGCGGAGCCUCUUCCCACUCGACCGAGGGGAGCCGACCCAGACGCGUCCGCGCGCCGGCAGCAGCGGUCCCGGGCCGUCUCCGCCUGUCCGGCCGCGCUCGCCGCUCCGCCCGGGCUCCACCGCCUCCGGCUCCCCGGUGGCCCUGCGGCCGCUCCACCUCUCCGCAGCCGCCAGGUGCGCCCGGAGCGCAGCGCCGACCGCCCGGGCGUGCGCGGGGGGUCACACCGAGCGCCGGCUUCCGCGACGCCGGGAAGCCUCUGUCGCCGCCGCUACCUCGGUCACCACCGCCUCAGAUCCCUUCAUGUGGCUGUGAGCCCCGAGGCGGAGCAUGCGGACCAGGCUUCCCCCAGCGCUCGCCGCCCUGGGCGCGGCCCUGCUCCUGUCUUCCAUCGAGGCAGAAGUUGAACCUCCUUCAGACUUGAAUUUUAAAAUUAUAGAUGAAAAUACUGUUCAUAUGUCAUGGGCAAUACCACCUGAUCCAAUUGUGGGUUUCAAAAUAACAGUGGACCCUACAACGGAUGGGCCCACUAAAGAAUUUACCCUUUCAGCUAGUACCACUGAAACUUUAUUAACAGAGCUUAUACCUGAAAUAGAGUACGUGGUGACAAUCACUUCAUAUGAUGAAGUAGAAGAAAGUGUACCAGUUAUAGGCCAAUUAACAAUUCAAACAGGUGGCCCGACAAAGCCAGGGGAGAAGAAACCUGGAAAAACAGAGAUACAAAAAUGUUCUGUCAGUGCCUGGACUGAUUUAGUUUUCCUUGUGGAUGGCUCAUGGAGUGUGGGAAGAAACAAUUUCAAGUACAUCUUGGACUUCAUUGCUGCUCUCGUGUCUGCUUUUGACAUUGGGGAAGAGAAGACAAGGGUUGGAGUUGUUCAGUACAGCUCUGACACCAGGACGGAAUUUAACUUAAAUCAGUACUACCAACAGGAAGAGCUGCUUGCUGCAAUUAAAAAAAUCCCGUACAAAGGUGGCAACACAAUGACAGGGGAAGCCAUUGAUUACUUAAUUAAAAAUACCUUCACGGAAUCUGCUGGGGCAAGAGUUGGCUUUCCCAAAGUGGCGAUUAUUAUUACAGAUGGCAAGUCCCAGGACGAAGUGGAAAUUCCAGCAAGAGAGCUUCGAAAUAUUGGGGUUGAAGUUUUCUCUUUGGGCAUUAAAGCUGCAGACGCAAAAGAACUCAAACAAAUUGCCUCCACGCCUUCCCUCAAUCAUGUGUUCAACGUGGCCAACUUCGAUGCAAUUGUGGAUAUUCAGAAUGAGAUCAUCUCCCAGGUGUGCUCAGGUGUGGAUGAACAGCUCGGUGAACUGGUCAGUGGAGAAGAAGUUGUUGAGCCUCCUUCAAAUUUGAUUGCCACGGAAGUCUCAUCAAAAUACGUUAAGCUAAGCUGGAGUCCAUCUCCUAGCGCAGUGACUGGCUAUAAAGUUCUCCUUAUACCCAUGACAGCGGGAAGCCGACAGCAUGCUCUGAGCGUGGGGCCUCAGACGACCACGCUCAGCGUCCGUGACCUCUCAGCAGACACAGAGUACCAGAUCAGUGUUUCUGCCAUGAAGGGGUUGACAUCCAGUGAACCUGUUUCAAUAAUGGAGAAGACUCAACCAAUGAAAGUUCAAGUGGAAUGCUCACGUGGUGUGGAUAUAAAAGCCGAUAUUGUGUUUUUGGUUGAUGGUUCCUAUAGCAUUGGGAUUGCAAACUUUGUUAAAGUUAGGGCCUUUUUGGAAGUUCUUGUAAAAAGUUUUGAGAUUUCACCAAAUAGGGUGCAGAUAAGUCUUGUCCAGUACAGCCGGGAUCCUCAUACUGAAUUCACAUUGAAAAAAUUCACCAAAGUUGAAGAUAUAAUUGAAGCAAUAAACACUUUCCCUUACCGAGGAGGGUCUACCAACACUGGGAAAGCAAUGACUUACGUCAGAGAGAAAAUAUUUGUGCCGAGCAAGGGUUCAAGAAGCAAUGUCCCAAAGGUCAUGAUUCUUAUCACAGAUGGAAAAUCUUCAGAUGCUUUCAGAGACCCGGCUAUAAAACUGAGGAAUUCAGAUGUUGAAAUCUUUGCCGUUGGUGUGAAGGAUGCUGUUCGCUCAGAGCUGGAAGCCAUUGCCUCUCCUCCUGCCGAGACCCAUGUGUUCACAGUGGAAGAUUUUGAUGCUUUUCAGAGGAUAUCUUUUGAACUCACACAGUCUAUCUGCCUGAGAAUUGAGCAAGAAUUGGCAGCCAUAAAGAAAAAAGCUUAUGUGCCUCCAAAGGAUAUUAAUUUCUCUGAGGUGACUUCCAACAGUUUCAAAACCAGCUGGUCUCCUGCUGGAGAAAACGUUUUUUCGUACCACAUCACCUACAAAGAAGCUGCUGGGGAUGAUGAAGUGACGUUGGUGGAGCCAGCCUCGAGCAGCAGUGUGGUCCUCAGCAACCUGAAACCAGAGACCCUGUACCUGGUCAAUGUGACUGCAGAGUACGAGGAUGGCUUCAGCAUCCCCUUAGCUGGAGAGGAGACCACCGCAGAAGUGAAAGGAGCACCUCGAAACCUAAAGGUGACGGAUGAGACUACGGAUAGCUUUAAAAUUACCUGGACUCAAGCUCCGGGGAGAGUCUUAAGGUACCGAAUUAUUUAUAGACCUGUUGCUGGUGGAGAAAGCAAAGAAGUUACCACUCCAGCCAAUCAGAGGAGGAGAACGCUGGAGAGCCUGACUCCAGACACAAAAUAUGAAGUCUCUGUAAUUCCUGAAUAUUUCUCAGGACCUGGGUCUCCGUUGACUGGAAACGCAGCCACUGAAGAAGUUAGAGGGAACCCAAGGGAUUUACGAGUUUCUGACCCUACGACAUCAACUAUGAAACUGUCUUGGACGGGGGCACCAGGAAAGGUGAAACAGUAUCUCAUCACAUACACACCGGUGGCAGGAGGUGACACCCAAGAGGUCACUGUGAAGGGAGACACAACAAGUACCGUCCUGAGAGGAUUAAAUGAAGGGACGCAAUAUGCCUUAUCUGUGACUGCCUUGUACGCCUCUGGAGCUGGAGAUGCCCUUUUUGGAGAAGGGACAACACUUGAAGAGCGUGGUUCCCCUGGAGAUUUGGUUACUAAAGAUAUCACGGACACAUCCAUUGGGGCUUAUUGGACGUCGGCUCCAGGAAUGGUUCGCGGUUACAGGGUCUCUUGGCAAUCACUUUACGAUGAUAUAGAGGCUGGAGAAAAGAGUCUUCCUGCAGAUGUAAUUCAUACUGUGAUAGAAAACCUGCAGCCAGAGACCAAAUACAGAGUCUCCGUAUUUGCAACUUACAGUAGUGGAGAAGGGGAGCCCUUGAGUCGAGAAGCCAUCACUGAAUUGUCUGAAGACUCGAAAACCUUGAAAGUGGAUGAAGAAACAGAAAACACAAUGAGAGUUACCUGGAAGCCAGCACCUGGGAAAGUCGUCAACUACCGUGUUGUGUAUCGCCCCCGCGGGGGUGGGAGGCAGAUGGUUGCCAAAGUGUCACCCACAGUCACCUCAACAGUGUUAAAGCGACUUCAGCCCCAGACCACGUAUGACAUCACAGUUCUCCCAGUUUACAAGAAAGGAGAAGGAAAGCUUAGGCAAGGAUCAGGAACAACAGCGUCUCGAUUUAAAUCACCCAGAAACCUCAAAACAUCUGAUCCAACCAUGUCAAGCUUCCGGGUGACUUGGGAGCCCGCACCUGGUGAAGUCAAGGGUUACAAGGUCACGUUUCACCCCACAGGAGAUGACAGAAGACUGGGGGAGUUAGUGGUUGGACCGUAUGACAACACAGUUGUUCUAGAGGAACUUAGGGCAGGUACCACCUAUAAAGUAAAUGUUUUUGGAAUGUUUGAUGGAGGAGAAAGUUCACCACUUGUUGGACAAGAAAUGACAACUCUUUCUGACACAACUGUAAUGCCAAUUUUAUCCUCUGGGAUGGAGUGUCUCACCCGGGCUGAAGCAGACAUCGUGCUCCUGGUGGACGGAUCGUGGAGCAUCGGCCGGGCGAACUUUAGAACUGUCAGGAGCUUCAUUUCUCGUAUCGUGGAAGUCUUUGAGAUUGGCCCCAAAAGAGUACAGAUUGCCCUCGCUCAGUAUAGUGGGGACCCCAGAACAGAGUGGCAGUUAAAUGCUCACAAAGACAAGAAGAGCUUGCUGCAGGCCGUGGCGAACCUGCCUUACAAGGGAGGCAACACCCUCACAGGGAUGGCCUUGAAUUUCAUUCGCCAGCAGAGCUUCAAGACCCAAGCUGGCAUGAGACCUCGAGCUCGAAAAAUCGGAGUUCUUAUCACGGAUGGGAAAUCCCAGGAUGAUGUUGAGGCACCUUCCAAAAAACUCAAGGAUGAAGGCGUGGAACUGUUUGCUGUUGGUAUUAAAAAUGCUGAUGAAGUUGAAUUAAAGAUGAUUGCAACAGAUCCUGAUGAUAUCCACGCAUACAACGUGGCAGAUUUUGAGUCACUUUCUAGGAUCGUGGAUGACCUCACCAACAACUUGUGUAACAGUGUCAAAGGUCCAGGUGACUUGGAACCACCUUCCAACCUAGUUCUUUCUGAGCGGACCCAUCGGUCUAUGAGAGUGAGCUGGACACCUCCUUCUGACAGCGUGGACAGGUACAAGGUGGAAUACUACCCAGUGUCAGGAGGGAAACGGCAAGAAUUUUACGUGAGCCGAUUGGAAAGGAGCACGGUCCUGAAAGAUCUGAAGCCUGAAACUGAAUAUGUUGUCAACGUGUAUUCUGUAGUGGAAGAUGAAUACAGUGAGCCUCUGAAGGGCACAGAAAAAACAUUGCCCGUGCCUGUGGUCAGCCUGAACAUUUACGAUAUUGGCUCAACCACCAUGCACGUGCAGUGGCAGCCAGUGGGGGGCGCUACCGGCUACACCGUGACCUACGAACCAACCAACGCCACAGUUCCGACCAAACCCAAAGAGAUGCGCCUGGAGCCGACGGUGACUGACGUGCAGCUGAGUGACCUCUUCCCCAACACCGAGUACGCAGUUACCGUCCAGGCUGUCCUGCACGACCUCACCAGCGAACCCGUCACCGCAAGGGAAGUCACCUUGCCUCUGCCCACUCCUCGAGACCUGAAACUCAGAGACGUGACUCACAGCACCAUGAACGUCUUAUGGGAACCUGCACCUGGAAAAGUGCGCAAAUACAUUGUUCGCUACAAAACCCCGGAAGAGGAAGCCAAAGAGGUAGAGGUGGACAGGUCACGGGCCAGCACGCCGCUUAAAGACCUCUUCUCUCAAACCCUGUACACAGUCAGCGUGUCUGCUGUAUACGAAGAGGGGGAGUCGCCCCCAGUGACUGCGCAAGAAACCACCCACACUGUGCCAGCCCCAACAAACCUACAGAUUACUGAAGUAACACCAGAGAGUUUCAGAGGGACUUGGGACCAUGGAGCUUCUGAUGUGUCUCUCUAUAGAAUCACCUGGGCGCCUUCAGGAAGCGCAGAUAAGAUGGAGACCAUCCUAAAUGGAGAUGAGAAUACGCUGGUGUUUGAAAACCUGAACCCCAACACUCUCUAUGAAGUUUCCGUUACCGCCAUUUAUCCUGAUGAGUCAGAAAGCGAUGACCUGAUUGGCAGUGAGCGUACACCGCGUUUGAUACCCUUAACAACACAAGCUCCAAAGAGUGGCCCACGAAACCUUCAGGUGUACAAUGCAACAUCCAACAGCUUGACUGUUAAGUGGGAUCCUGCUAGUGGUCGUGUGCAGAAAUACAGAAUCACCUACCAGCCUUCAACAGGGGAAGGCAAUGAACAAACGACCACGAUAGGAGGACGGCAGAACAGUGUGCUGCUGCAGAAGCUGAAGCCUGACACUCCUUACACCAUCACCGUGUCCUCCCUGUAUCCGGACGGCGAAGGUGGUCGCAUGACAGGAAGAGGCAAGACCAAACCUUUGAAUACUGUGAGGAACCUCAGAGUGUACGACCCUUCCACCAGCAGUUUGAACGUUCGCUGGGACCAUGCGGAGGGCAAUCCUCGCCAGUAUAAGCUCUUCUAUGCACCCACGGCAGGGGGCCCGGAGGAACUGGUACCAAUCCCUGGGAAUACCAAUUAUGCCAUUCUUAGGAAUCUACAGCCGGAGACCCAAUACACCGUUACAGUGGUGCCUGUUUAUUCUGAAGGUGACGGAGGACGCACAUCAGAUACUGGAAGGACACUGGUGAGAGGGCUGGCAAGAAAUGUCCAAGUGUACAAUCCGACUCCAAACAGCCUGGACGUUCGUUGGGACUCGGCACCUGGCCCAGUUCAGCAGUAUCGCAUUGUGUAUUCACCUCAGGAUGGUACAAGACCCUCCGAAUCUAUUGUGGUGCCAGGAAAUACCCACACGGUGCACUUGGAGCGGCUGAUUCCGGACACUCCCUAUUCUGUGAACAUCGUCGCGCUCUACUCGGAUGCUGAAGGGAAUCCCAGCCCCGCCCAGGGCCGCACAUUACCACGAAGUGGACCAAGAAAUCUCAGAGUCUUUGGGGAGACCACCAACAGCCUCUCGGUAGCCUGGGAUCACGCUGACGGGCCGGUUCAACAAUACAGGAUCAUUUAUUCUCCCACUGUUGGUGACCCGAUUGAUGAAUAUACCACUGUCCCAGGCAGAAGAAACAACGUAAUUCUCCAGCCCCUGCAGCCUGAUACCCCAUAUAAAAUUACUGUUAUUCCUGUUUAUGAAGAUGGAGACGGUGCCCAUUUGACUGGAAAUGGAAGAACUGUGGGAUUACUUCCUCCUCAGAACAUACACAUCUCUGAUGAAUGGUAUACCAGAUUCAGGGUGUCCUGGGAUCCUUCACCCUCUCCUGUUCUUGGAUAUAAAAUUGUGUAUAAGCCAGUGGGUUCCAGUGAGCCCAUGGAAGUCUUUGUUGGAGAAGUGACGUCAUACACAUUACACAAUCUCAACCCCAGCACCACCUAUGACGUGAAUGUCUAUGCUCAGUAUGAUUCUGGACUCAGUGUUCCUCUGACCGACCAAGGCACUACAUUGUAUUUGAACGUGACGGAUCUGAAAACUUACCAAGUCGGGUGGGAUACAUUCUGUGUCAGAUGGUUGGCUCACCGAGCAGCCACUUCCUACAGACUAAAACUAAGCCCCGCAGAUGGAACCAGAGGACAGGAAAUCACAGUGCGUGGAUCAGAAACCAGUCACUGCUUCACUGACCUGUCACCAGAAACUGAUUAUGGAGUCACUGUCUUUGUGCAGACACCAAACCUUGAGGGACCAGGUGUCUCGGUCAAAGAACGUACUACCUUAAAACCAACAGAAGCCCCGACAGAGCCACCCACACCCCCUCCUCCUCCUACAAUUCCACCAGCCCGGGAAGUGUGCAAAGGGGCCAAAGCAGAUAUUGUAUUCCUGACCGAUGCUUCCUGGAGUAUUGGGGAUGAUAAUUUUAACAAAGUUGUAAAAUUCAUUUUCAAUACCGUGGGAGGCUUUGAUGAAAUCAGUCCUGCUGGAAUUCAGGUCUCAUUUGUGCAGUACAGUGACGAGGUCAAGUCUGAGUUUAAGCUGAACACAUACAACGACAAGGCCCUGGCCCUGGGAGCCCUCCAGAACAUUCGGUACAGAGGAGGAAACACAAGAACAGGCAAGGCUCUGACCUUUAUCAAGGAGAAGGUGUUGACCUGGGAGAGCGGCAUGAGGAAGAAUGUCCCCAAGGUGCUGGUUGUGGUCACGGAUGGUCGGUCGCAGGAUGAGGUCAAGAAGGCGGCUUUGGUCAUCCAGCAGUCAGGGUUCAGUGUCUUUGUAGUUGGUGUGGCUGAUGUCGACUACAAUGAACUUGCCAACAUAGCUAGCAAACCAAGCGAACGGCACGUGUUCAUUGUGGAUGACUUUGAAUCUUUUGAGAAGAUAGAGGACAACCUCAUCACAUUUGUGUGUGAAACUGCCACUUCAAGUUGCCCUCUCAUUUAUUUGGAUGGCUACACCUCACCAGGUUUUAAGAUGCUUGAAGCAUACAAUCUGACAGAAAAGAAUUUUGCUUCCGUGCAAGGAGUCUCCCUGGAGUCAGGCUCUUUCCCCAGCUACUCAUCUUACAGGCUUCAGAAGAAUGCCUUUGUGAACCAGCCUACAGUAGAACUACAUCCCAAUGGACUCCCUCCUUCAUAUACCAUUAUAUUACUAUUCAGACUCCUCCCAGAAACUCCCAGCGACCCUUUUGCAAUUUGGCAGAUCACAGACAGAGACUAUAAACCACAAGUUGGGGUGAUUGCAGAUCCUUCUAGCAAGACAUUAUCAUUCUUUAACAAGGAUACAAGAGGUGAGGUGCAGACUGUUACAUUUGACACAGAUGAAGUGAAGGCAUUAUUUUAUGGAAGUUUUCAUAAGGUUCAUAUCGUAGUGACCCCGAAAAGUGUUAAGAUUUACAUCGACUGCUAUGAGAUUGUAGAGAAGGAUAUCAAGGAAGCUGGAAAUAUCACCACUGACGGUUAUGAAAUUCUUGGGAAACUGCUUAAAGGGGAGAGGAAGUCAGCCACAUUCCAAAUCCAGAAUUUUGAUAUUGUCUGCAGUCCGGUGUGGACCAGUAGAGACAGAUGCUGUGAUAUUCCCUCCAGAAGAGAUGAAGCAAAAUGCCCAGCUCUUCCGAACGCUUGCACGUGUACACAGGACAGCGUUGGACCUCCGGGACCCCCCGGCCCUGCAGGAGGACCUGGUGCUAAAGGUCCGAGAGGUGAAAGAGGUGUCAGUGGGGCAGUUGGCCCCCCCGGUCCUCGUGGAGAUACAGGUCCUCCUGGGCCCCAGGGUCCUCCAGGCCCUCAGGGACCCAAUGGCCUCUCUAUUCCCGGUGAACAAGGUCGCCAGGGAAUGAAGGGCGAUGCUGGAGAGCCAGGACUUCCAGGCCGGACUGGAACUCCAGGAUUACCUGGCCCACCAGGACCAAUGGGCCCUCCAGGAGACAGAGGCUUUACUGGAAAAGAUGGAGCGAUGGGACCCAGGGGUCCGCCUGGACCACCGGGAAGUCCAGGCUCUCCAGGAGUCACAGGACCAAGUGGGAAACCAGGAAAGCCCGGAGAUCACGGCCGACCAGGUCCAUCAGGAUUGAAAGGAGAGAAAGGCGAUAGAGGAGACAUUGCUUCCCAGAACAUGAUGCGAGCAGUCGCAAGACAAGUCUGUGAACAGCUGAUAAGCGGUCAGAUGAACAGAUUCAAUCAGAUGCUGAACCAGAUUCCAAACGAUUACCACUCAAAUCGCAACCAGCCAGGCCCUCCAGGCCCCCCAGGCCCCCCCGGCAAUGCAGGAGCCAGAGGAGAACCAGGACCUGGGGGGCGGCCCGGCUUCCCAGGCACACCAGGGAUGCAGGGGCCCCCGGGGGAACGAGGUUUGCCGGGAGAGAAAGGUGAAAGGGGUAUUGGAUCUCCAGGACCUCGAGGGCUGCCUGGCCCCCCAGGCCCACAAGGAGAAUCGAGAACGGGUCCGCCAGGGUCCACAGGUUCCAGAGGUCCUCCAGGUCCCCCUGGUCGUCCUGGAAACUCAGGUAUCCGAGGCCCUCCAGGUCCUCCUGGAUACUGUGACUCAUCCCAGUGUGCCAGCAUCCCAUACAACGGACAAGGCUAUCCAGGUUCCGGCUAACAAAUUUUCUAAGUCGCCAGUGCUGCUUACAGUUUGAAUACAUGAAAAUCCUGUUUCUGAGAUGUUUGCGCACGUGCUUAUUAGAAAAUGAGUCUGUAUGGAAAUCUCACCACAGAUCUGGUUAACGAACCGGGUGGACAUCAUAAAGGAGGGUGGAGACUCUUUAUACUAACUUGAAUGAGACAAAAGCAGUGAUGUUCGUUUAUAAGCCUGAUGCAUUUCAGUAAUAAUGUAGAAAAAUAUUAUUUAAAAAAAAAAGUUCAAACACAGCUCAUGAGGCGCCUCGGUUGUGAAAGAGGUGCAUAAUAAAACUACUAACCGCGGAGAUGAUGCCAUUUUUGGGAGAAACAAUUAACCUGGUUAAAGAGAAGUACCUUAUGUAAAUAAUAAACUAAUUAUGGCUUGUAAAUGAUUUGUAUGUGAUACUGUCCACUAAAAUCACUUAACAAUUCUACAAUCAGCUUCUGCCUGCCGCUUGCUCUCUGCCGGAAUAACAUCGAAUUAGAAUCUCCUCAUCUCUUGCUUGUUAGCGAUGUCUGAUUACCUUAUGUACAUGUAUUCUCAUUUGGGUUUUUGUAAUCGCCCUUUUCAAACCAAAAUUUUAGAAUCCCUGUUUUUCUUCCUGUUUCGCUGUUGUCACGGGUGGUCCUCACCCACCAGUUGUAACUCAGGCUGUGGGCCAGACAGCCACAGAAAACGUCAUGUACUGUAUAUUACUUGGUGAUAAUUGAUUUUCACCUCCAGAGUUCAGUUUAAGGAGCUAAUAUAACUUCCCCAUCACCUCCUCAUCUUUCCCAGUGGUUCUCUGAACUGAGGAAUUCGAAGUCAUGAAGUUACUUGGGGAUUUGCAAAAAAAAUCCUACCUAGGUUGGUCGACAGUUUUCUUUGGCACAGUCGCUGACCCUCCCCAGGCGUUUGUGCAAUGAUUGUAUUUACUGCUGGACCUCUGAAGGUUACAAACAAGUGCCAUUUCAGAUCACCCAGUUCUCUCUGCAAAUGGAAGGAAUCAGAACGUUGUAAUUUCUCUGCUUUUAUAGUCAUGAGAUUAAGACUGUAGUCCUCUCGGGUGAUGGUUUAGCUUUUGGUGUGUGUGUAUUCCUUCCAAAUCAUGCCGUAACUGUGAUGUUGAAUCGGACAGAGCCCUACGUGCCAGAGGGCGGGGCCUACUUGCCCGAGCGCGAGCCCUUCAUCGUGCCGGUGGAGCCCGAGCGGACAGCCGACGAGUACGAGGACUACGGCGCCGACGAGCCCGCAGGCGAGCAUCCUCCCCACGCGCGCUGGCGGCGCGCCCUGCCCCACCACCCCCGGCAGUGACCCUGACCCCGCGCGCUUGCGCAGCGCCGCCAGGCUGCGGGGAGGUGUUCGGAUUCCCAUUUACAGGUCAGACGGAGCAGUGGACGUCUUACCUGCCACGUUUCUUCCGGCGUUGCUUCAUCGGAGAGUACCCUUUCUGACUGUUAGCGAACCUUGUUCCUGCAGGAAGCCUAGCUCGCUGCCCGCGCAGUCUGUAGAAGUCUUUUGCCUUUGCCCUUGAAGUUGCUUGCAAGAUCCUUUGUUCACAAAAGCUGCGGGGAGAGAACCUGCCCUGUGCCUUAAUUAGGUAGCUCAGCAGGCAGCCUCAGUGAAACUCUUAAGCAGUUAAGUCGUGGAACCCAGAGCGACGGUGUAUUUCGAGAGGGCAGUUUAUCUUUUCCAAUACUUACCUGCAAUUCAGUUACACCCCCAUCCAAGCAGUUUCCCUCGUAAAACCAAAAAAGAGGGAAAAGUCACUCCAUUGCAACUGUUUAUCUUCCUUUUCUACUCUCUGUCAUACAUUAGGGCAUAGAAUGCUCUUAUACAUCUCUUUUUAAAAACCACAAACCUUAAGCCAUGUAGCUGAAGUUAUUGUAUCAACUGGAUACAGUUCCAUAUUGCCUUAAACCUCCUUGUUUUAGACACGCUAACAUUUAUGCUAAAUUGCAGAUUAUUCUGCAGAGAUGGAAUUGCAUGUUUGUGUUGUAUAUUUAGUAUGAACUUUUUUUUUCCAGAACAUAAUGUUAGUUAUCGAAAGCAGUUGGAAAAUGUUUGCAAGACUAUGAACAUAGAAUUGCUGCUUUUAUAUUUUAACUGCAGAUUGUGAAUUUCACUGCCUUAUAUUAUUUAUUUCUGAAACAAAAGAGGCAUUUUUCAAUAAAACUACUGAAAAUUUGA